GUGUGAACGUGAACCGAAACUGCGUCCCGGGUCACUGGUUCUGCUCCUUCUCUCCCAGUUUCCCGCCUGCAUUGUGAAAGUGAGUCUUUCAAGAUGGACCUAAUCCUGGAUGUGAACAUACAGAUCUACCCCGUGGACCUGGGUGACAAAUUCCGUCUGGUUAUUGCCAGCACCUUGUAUGAAGAUGGGACCCUGGAUGAUGGGGAGUAUAACCCCACCGAUGACAGGCCGUCCAGGGCCGACCAGUUUGAGUACGUGAUGUAUGGCAAGGUGUACAGGAUUGAGGGAGACGAAACGUCCACGGAGGCAGCCACGCGCCUUUCUGCCUAUGUGUCCUACGGGGGGCUGCUCAUGAGACUCCAGGGAGACGCCAACAACCUGCACGGCUUUGAAGUGGAUUCCAGGGUUUACCUCCUGAUGAAGAAACUGGCCUUCUAGUCGCAGGGACCCGAACCGCUAGGAACUGUGGCUGCAGCUGGGAUCCUGCCUCAUACGCAAGCUUUGCAGCCAGACAUGGACUUGCUGGCCAGGACGGGGACCCUUGUUUUCAGUAGCCGCUGGGUUUCGGCUCCUUUGGCCGUUCCGGACCUUCUGGAGUGAUACAGAAAGGGAGCCACUAGGCUGCUGUACUCCCUGCCAGUCCAGACUCCUGUACCAGUAUUGCCCCUCUGCUGGGGUCCACAGCCCCCUUCUGAUCCAGGCCAGUGGUCUGCCCCUCAUGAGCAGAGAGCUCUGGGCAGGGCCUUGGCUGGGGGCAACGGGGAGUGGUGCCGUGUAGACUCCUCAUAGCGUGUCAUGGGCUUCUUUCCAGAGCCCUCUCCUGUACUGGCUGGGGGGCUACUUCCCUUUUAGCUUCACUGCUGGCUGCAUCGCAGAGGCCAGCACCGUGUUUUGUGGCCUGUCUGUGGCAGGGGGCAGUUACUGAACCACCCCACCCGGCUUUCUAUUAAAGUGAGUGCUUCGGAUUGGU